AUGCCGAACGUCUUUGCAGUACCAGUCUUCUUCAUUUGCUUCCGUGAAUGUCUAGAAACAAGCAUUAUUGUUUCUGUACUCCUCGCCUUUCUCAAGCAAACUCUAGGUCCUGCACAGGAUGCUGCUGUCUAUAAGCGGCUCGUGCGCCAGGUCUGGUACGGCGUGGCAGCAGGCGUAUUCAUAUGCCUGAUCAUCUGCGCUGGCGUGAUAGGAACUUUUUACACGGCAGGAAAGAACACUUUUGAGUCUGCUGAGAACAUCUGGGAGGGCGUCUUUGGAAUCGUGGCUAGCGUCAUCAUCACCCUCAUGGGCGCAGCUUUGCUUCGCAUCAGCAAGCUCCAGGAUAAAUGGAGGGCCAAGAUUUCCAAGGUGCUGGAGCAGAAAGAUCUCAAUCUACCUGUUAAGGGUAAACUGAAGCGCUGGACGGAGAAGUAUGCCAUGUUCAUCUUGCCGUUUGUAACGGUGCUUCGCGAGGGCAUCGAAGCAGUGCUUUUCAUUGCAGGUGUCAGUCUCAGCGCUCCAGCGACAAGUUUUCCCCUGGCUGUCAUUUGUGGCCUAGGUGCAGGUGCCUUGAUCGGCUAUCUCAUCUACAAAGGCGGUAACAAGACCUCGCUGCAGAUCUUCCUUGUGGUGUCCACAUGCUUUCUCUACCUCGUAGCUGCAGGUCUCUUCUCCAAGGGUGUCUGGAGUCUUGAGCAAGAUGCAUGGGUCAAGCUCGCCGGAGAGGGUGCUGCUGAAGCCGGCGCGGGUCCUGGCAGCUAUGAUAUCAGGAAAAGCGUUUGGCACGUCAACUGUUGUUCUCCGUUAGAAAACGGUAGCGGCGGUUGGGGAAUCUUCAACUCCCUGCUCGGCUGGCAAAACAGCGCGACCUAUGGCUCUGUCAUUUCCUACAACGUAUACUGGAUCGUCGUCACCAUCGGCUUCCUCUUCCUGGGCUGGAAAGAGCGCAAAGCCAACCUCUCCAACACGGCUGAGAUCGCAAGCGAGACAUCCAGCGAAGAACGCGAAAUUGCCACGGACAAGGCAGCCAACGAGCGCGCCGGAAUCAACACGGCUGUACGCGAGAUUUGA